CUCACGAAGCUGUCCUGACUCGGAGGUGUUUGGCUUACCGACUCGAAUCCGAGAUACUCCCGCAGUUCCGCAGGGCUAUCCGCUUGCCUUCCGCGGUUUCUUACCUUGGAAACUUGGAUCUAUCGAUUGUUGGCCGAUGUUGUGAUUUAUGGCAUACGGAGUAUGUACUGUUGUCAUACUGGGUGACUAGAUCCAGGGUUGUAUAUAAGUUGGUAAUGCUCCCUCUUUUGCCUUGACUUUCUUAGCUACAAUCUACAAUCUACACUCAAAUAUCGUCAUACCAAACCCAAUUUCUGAAGAUCAUCAACAUGACCAACUACCCCCGAAUCCUCGUCCUCGACAUCGGCCUCUCAGCUGAACCACCCCUCCUCAAAGCAGGCCAAGUCCUCGAGCUCAACCCAAACGACAACACCAAGCAACUACGAGUCCUAGUCCCAAGCCAAGUCCUCCCAGAUGGCAUCGCCGUCGACUCUGCCAGCCAGCGCAUGUUCUGGACCUGCAUGGGAUUUCCCGGCAAGUGGGAUGGAGCGGUCUACUCGUCCGCUCUGGACGGCACUGAUGUCCGGACCCUCGUGGCACCAGGGAAAGUGAACACGCCAAAGCAGUUGACCCUGGACGAGACCGCGAAGAAGGUCUACUUCUGUGAUCGUGAGGGUCUGGGUGUGUACCGGUGUAACUUUGACGGAUCGGAACUCGAGGCAUUGAUUCUGAACGGUGAACCCACGACACCACCGGAUGAGUCUGCGUGGUGCGUUGGAAUCACCGUUGCGCCCUCGCUGGGCAAGUUCUUCUGGACGCAAAAGGGAUACUCGAAAUCCGGAAAAGGACGCAUCUUCUCCGCCAACAUCGAUACGCCUGCUGGCCAGUCAGCAACUUCGCGUGAUGAUAUCCAAGUCGUUCUGCCAGGCUUGCCGGAACCCAUCGAUAUCGAAAUCGACGAAACCUCUAACACGCUAUACUGGACUGAUCGUGGCGAAAUACCGUUUGGAAACUCGCUGAACCGGGCUCGGUUGGAUGAGUCUGUCAUGCCAAAGACUAUCAUGACUGCUUCUGCUUCGUUUACUGCGGAGGUGCAGGAGAGGAAGUAUGAGAUUCUGACGAGAAAUUUGAAUGAGGCUAUUGGGUUGGAGUUGGAUGUUGAGCGGGGGCAUGUUUAUUUGACGGAUCUUGGGGGUAGUGUUUAUCGGUGUGAUUUGGAGGGGAAGAGUAAGGAGAGGUUGUAUCAUGAGGAUUCGAGGGCAUUUACUGGGAUUGCUCUUCUGUGAUAUACGUCUAGAGGUUCUUAAUUAGAAUAAAUAGACUUCUUUC